UACGUAGCAUUGGAACUACUCCCAAGAUACUAACAAGGUAAGGUAACUAUCUAGAAAUUAAUUUUAAGGGUUAAGACUUAAUUAAGAGGCGACUUUUGCAUGUAUCACUUGAUAUCAAUAAUUGUAGCUGCAUUUUUUUGUUAAGUGUAGUUAUACCUGCAUGUAUUUCAAGUCGUUAACUAAACAAUGAGUUGUUUUUGAGCGACUUAAUAAACAGGGUGAAGGCCUCGGGAAUCUCUGCCCACGAGUUUGUAAACUUCGUCUAUGCCAUCAACGUUCGCAAAUUGGUGCAGCCACCGUUGCCGACGGGCUACUGGGGAAACGGCUGCGUUCCGAUGUGCGUCCAACUGCAAGCGAAGGACCUCCUUGAGCAGCCCAUCUGGCGGACGGCGGAGCUGAUUAAGCAGAGCAAACGACACGUGGCCGCCCCGGACGGGUACGUGAGUUCCUUCAUCGACUUCAUCGAGCUACACGGCGGAGAAAUUGUGACGGCGGCGAGCAGCUGCAGGGUGACCAGUGGGUUCACGGAUUGGAGACACUUGGGCCAGAUGGGCGUAGAUUUCGGGUGGGGCAACCCGGUCACCGUUUUGCCGCUUUCGACGAGGAGGUUAUUGGGGAGCGACGAGCCUUGCUUUUUCUUGCCGCAUUCUUCUGUCGGUGAAGGCAAGGGAGAUGGUGGGUUUAAGGUGCUGGUGUUGCUAAGUGAGGCGGCCAUGCCAGGGUUCAAGAUCGAGAUUGAUAAAUUUUGCAGCCAGGAAUUUGGGCAACUUUAAAGGUGUUAUGUGUUCACGCCUCAAGAACAUCCAAAGCCUAAGAAACAGUAAGCAAGAGGGCUAACAUCAUCUUGUUAAUGAGGGUUGAUUUCUGAGGGAUAUAUGAAUUCCUCGUAAUUAUUAUUAUUGUUACUAGCUUUAUAUUCGGCCCGUUGGCCGGAUUUAUCAUAAAAUUUUCAUGAGUAGUAAAUCGUAAAAUAAGUUAAGUACCUCGUCCGAGAUUAUUGUUCAAAUUUGUACACGAUAUCGAAAUACAAUUUUAAAAAUUGA